UUUUUUCUAGUCUUAUAAGUAUUUAAUGGGAUGUGGGCCGUCAGGAAUUGGUGAAAGGAUCAGGAGGGGAAGGAUAAGUUUGGUGUAUUCUACUCUGACACUCAGAAUAGUGAGAUCUUCCCAUGGCUGAACUUUCAUCCCAUGAACCUCUUCUUUUGAAUGGAGAUAUCAAGCAUGGUAUCACCAAGAGGACUCCCUUCUCAGCAUCUUUAGCGAAAUGGGUACUCAAAAUUUUGAUGUGGGGGAUCUUCGUUGCAUGGAUUGCUCUUAUGUUUUUCUUCCCUAGUGAGUUUGUGCGAGGAUUGUACCAGAAAUGGCUUGGAGCAACCAGAGAAACUGUCUUUGGGGUCACAGGAAGUAUAUUCCUGAUAUUCGGUGCUCCAAUUCUCAUUGUUGCAUUUCUAGCGUUCAUCUAUGUAACCGCUUUCCCAAGUGAAAAUGAAGAGAUGAAGAAACCGAAAUUUCCAAGGUUCCGUUUAUGGACAUUUCCUGUCAUUGUUGAUGGACCAUUUGGUGUCGUCUCUGCUGCAGAAUUGAUUGGGAUACUCCUGUUUUCUGCAUACAUUAUCUGGGCAGUUUCUGCUUAUGCAAUACAAAUUCAGCAACGAAUAUCUAAAUUUCCCCUGCCUUUCAAAGAGAAAAGUUGCUUCAUGUUGGAGAUUUUCGGGCUUCGCUUAGGUUCGAUUGGAUUGUUUUGCUUGGGAAUUUUAUUUCUACCAAUUGCAAGGGGGUCAAUUCUUCUUCGCCUCAUAGAUAUCCCUUUCGAGCAUGCGACUAGAUACCACGUGUGGCUGGGACAUCUUACAAUGGCACUCUUUACAUUACAUGGCUUAUGUUAUGUAGUCGCAUGGGCAGUGCAGGGCACUCUCAUACGUGAAUUGGUGGAAUGGAGAGACAUCGGUAUUUCCAAUUAUCCUGGGGUGAUUAGCCUUUUGGCUGGUUUGUUGAUGUGGGUGACUUCUCUGAAUCCAGUGAGGAAGCAUUAUUUCGAGCUGUUCUUCUACACGCAUCAGCUGUAUGUAGUUUUUGUUGUCUUUUUAGCGUUGCAUGUCGGCGACUUCAUUUUCAGCAUGGCUGCUGGAGGGAUAUUCAUUUUCCUACUCGAUCGCUUUUUGAGGUUCUGCCAAUCACGGAGGACUGUCGAUGUACUCUCAACUGCGUGCCUGCCUUGUGGAACAAUUGAAGUGGUUCUCUCAAAGCCACAAAAUAUGCGAUACAAUGCUCUUAGUUUUGUUUUCCUUCAAGUGAAGGAAUUAUCUUGGCUACAGUGGCAUCCCUUCAGCGUUUCUUCUAGCCCUUUGGAUGGAAAACACCAUCUUGCGAUUCUUAUAAAGGUUCUUGGAGAAUGGACGAAGAAGCUGAGAGAUAGUAUCUCCAAUGUUCCAGAGCAGCCUCAAGUAGGCUUGCCAUUUCAACCUUGCCCUACGAUAACGGCUUCUGUCGAGGGGCCAUAUGGGCAUGAGGCACCAUACCACUUGACGUAUGAGUACCUUAUUUUGGUAGCUGGCGGCAUUGGAAUUUCACCUUUCUUAGCUAUCUUGAGCGACAUCCUGCAUAGGAUUAGAGAGAAAAAGCCCUGCCUGCCAAAACAUGUAUUGAUCGUUUGGGCUGUGAAGAAAUCUAAAGAGUUUUCUCUUCUUUCCACUGUCAAUGCGGAAUCCAUCUGCCCAUCUUUUUCUGAUAGCUUGAGUCUAGAUAUUCAAACUUACAUCACUCAAGAAUCAGAGCCUCCGUUGGAAGAGGGUAUGCUUUACAAGAGCAGGGAUUGUCCAUCUUUUCCAGUGGCCAGUGGAUGUCCCAUGUCCAGUUUGGUUGGUACCGGGAACAAUAUCUGGUCCGGAGCUUACUUCACCGUAUCAACACUUGGGUUUGUUAUUCUUCUGGGCCUCUUGGAUGCAUUUUACAUAAAACCUUUUCAUAUAUCUUCUUGGUGGUAUCAAGGACUUCUGUUCGUCAUAUGCAUGAUUGCGGGCGUUGUCAUGUUCGGAGGUCUGGUGGUCUUGUUUUGGAAUCACUGGGAAAGAAGUGUUUCGAGUUAUGAAAAAAUGGAUGGUGAUGGUGGUUAUGAUGACGGCAUGAGUAAAUUAACACAGUAUAAUGAACCAAAAAUGCAUACUGAUGCAAGUCGAACCAAUCUUACCGGAUCAAUGACCACACGAUAUGGGUGUAGGCCAAACUUCCAAGAAAUUUUCAAGUCUGCUGCAGAGCAGUGGGGGCACGUGGACGUGGGUGUCAUGGUAUGUGGCCCUCCAAGUCUCCAAUCCAGUGUUGCUAGAGAGUGUAGAUCUCAGAACAUAAGGGGCAGCUGGAAUCAACCGAUUUUCCAUUUCAACAGUCACAGCUUUGAUCUGUAGCACCAAAUCGCAAGCGAACUUACUCGGAGACUUCAAAUCUGAGAUGGUGAACUUACUCAGAGACUUCGAAUCUGAUAUGGGCUUGAUGCAAUUCAAGGAUAUAGCCAGGCUCUUAUGAUGGCCAGCACAUAUCCUCCAUCUAUACAGUAUAUAGGGAAGCAAUGGCUAUGCCGAGGUUCUUAUGAUGGGCCAGCAAAUAUCCUCUAUCUAUACAUUAUACAAGGAAACAAUGGUAGGGACCCAUGCAGGUACUGAAGGUACAUGUGUAUAUUACAUGCAAAAAUAAGGCGUUUCUAGAGAGCAAGGACAUCAUGCAAUGUAUUUAUAAAAGAAAAAAGUACAUUUCCUCGCCGUUUUCCCUUUUUCGCACAUACCAUACAUGCUCCUAACGGGUGGAAUCAAAAGUUCGUAUUUGUAUA